GUCAUGUGGUUGCCGAAGUAAAUGACGCAAUAGCCGCCCAAACUUAGUCUGUGACGGGAGAUCCAGAACUUCAUUUUGCGAAGUAGCGUCGAUGUGACGGGGUAAGCGGAGUACGAAUAGUCUCGCAUACAUUGUGGAUACAACUUUAAAGGUAUCAGAAUGACAGACUUUUCAUUUCUUCGUUUUAAUACGAGUGUCGUCUAUAACAGCAAUCGAUAACGAACGUGUGUGGCUGAAGAGAGGCAACGAAAUUUAGGAUUACAUUUUAUAUCACUAUUAAUAUCAGAGAAAACAAAAAUGAACCGAGAACGCAGAAAUAGAGCAGAGACUCUCCAGAGAUCCGAAGCAAUGUCCAGUCUCAUCAAUCAAAUAAUGUUCUUUAUGCUCUGUGACAGAUGGUUCUGCCCAGAAGAGAAACUGACGGGUUUAUAUGCGCUGUUGUUCUACAAUGUCAUCUGCUACCUACUCAUGUACACCCAAAGACUCGUAUACCUACAGGAUAUCACUCCUGUAGUUUUCGUAUCGGAACAUUCCAACGUUCGUCACCUAGCUAUGACAGCCACAAAAGUGAUGCUGGAAUUCACGCGGGCUGUUACUUUCGUGGUAACCGGUGUAUUCAUGCUACUUGUAUUCGGCCUCGAACAAGGCUUGGAGCACUUCAAUCCAACAUGGUACUACAUUGGAAUAACGGCUAUUUACUUCACACUCACAGAAAGAACUUGUCAGGAGAAGAUACCAUCGCUGUUAACAUACUUUCACUGCGACAUGUUCGAAAGCCUCGAAAACCUCUGGACACCAGUUUUAGUACGCCUGUGUUCUUCUGUAGCCUCUGGAUUAAUGAUUCUGCUAGUAUUUAUUUGCACCCACGAGAACUGGGCUUUGCUUCUGGCGGCUAGUUUCAUCAACGUUUACAUGACCAUUAAAGAUUUAGACCACCAUUGGCAAGCUCUUAUGAAAGAAAAAUUAAGCAUCGAAAAAUACAGGUAUGCCAGUCUGCAAGAGUUGAAUGAAAAUGAUGAUGUGUGUGCAGUUUGCCUUCAGGCAAUGUCUUGUGCUCGCAUCACACCAUGCCACCACAUGUUUCACGCGGAAUGUCUAAGACGUUGCCUGAAGGAAAGACCAACCUGUCCAAUGUGCAAAUAUUUUCUAGAAUAGGAAGAAACAUGAAUAUUGUUUCGAAAAAUUAUUUGUGAUUGAAAGACCGCUUCAAUCUGCUAACUGAAAUUGUUUUAUACAUUCUUCCUCCCUUGGUGCAAAUGGUUUGAUAUAUUUCUAAGCAAGUUUUCAUUUUUUUCCUGUUUCUAGCAUAGCAAGUUACUUUUAUACGUUUUGUACAUAAGUACAGAAGUAUUAGUUGUAAUUGAUGCCAGUUGAUCUGGAGAACAUUCAUUUAUUACUCAUUCAACUAAAAACACAUUAAGUUAAAAAUGUCUUCAUUAGCUUAAUGGAAAUGAGCUGUGAUUAAAACAUUAUACCCAUACAGGGUGCUAAAGUAUUUUCUAGUCGACCGUGAAAGUUGGCGAAGAUCCCGCCAAAAUUGCGUCAACGGUUCUGGUGAAAGUUUGAAGGAACUAAUUGCUCUCUAAUUUAGCGAGAUAAUCAACUGAUACAGAUUAUAAAUACCGCAUAUUAAAACUUAAAUUACGAACUCAAGUUCUGGGAUUAACUGACAAAGAAAUUUAUUCAACUGUUACCAAUUAUUCCGGCGGUCAAAAAAUGUAAAAUAACAACAAAACUGUUACCUUCUUCACGAACUCAAAGCCAAUUAAAUUAAAUAUCAAUUUAAGUGGCGUCAUGUUGCUACACUUUGUCUUUUAUUACAAAUUCCACAGUUUGUUAAUAUUUUGACUACGCGUAUCAGUAUAAUCAGCCUUGCAAUAGAACAUACUCCAUUGCUUGCUGUUCUGUAGAAGGCAGAUACUAAAUUUCAAUCUUUUUUUCCCCUUCCCUGCCCCCUCUAAAAUGCAAUACAAACAUAGAGAAAUAGUAGUUAACUUCCUUAUAAAAUCUAAUCUGACUUAUUCAAGAUCAGGGUUACAUGAAAACCAAAGCGAAGUCUUAUCAGUGUGUUGUGAUGUCACACUUAGACAUUGUUGGCGAUAAACUGCAAUUUGGCAACAUUGUCGAAAAUGAUAAACGGCAAAAUACGUAAGUAACCAGUAUGUUAACUCGAGAUUAGAAUAUUUUUUAUACAUAUAUAGGUCAAUUAAAUGAAAAAAAUUCCGAGAUAGUUCCUUCAUUUUAUCAAAUUAUUAAAAAGUUGUUAUAAAAGAAGCCAUGAACAAACAACUUUUAGCCUGUUGUACAAAAGUCCUCAUACUGACAAUAUAAUAUUAAUCUUACGAUGAAAUUCCAACUCGAAGUAGAUUACACGCAACUUUUUUCAAACACAGUAUCAAACGUGGUACCUUAAGACGAUAAGUGAAGACUUCGUCAGUUGUUCUCAUAUAUAUAACUGAUAAAUACAACUUCCUAAAGAGAAGGAUGCCUUCGAGGUGGAAUUUCUAGAGAAAAACUGGCUCGUAUCUACGUUAUGCAUUUGGAAACACGUUUGGAAAACCACGAAACGCCCAAGCAGCCAGCCUUUCACCUCGAAUCGAACACACGUCUUAAUUACCAGUAUUCAGCGACUUUACCGAUCGACCGCUGGUGGGCUUGUUCAUUUUCAGAAGCACGGACUUUUAUCGUGGAUAUCAGUUGCUGCUUCGGAACUUCAUUAAUGUGAAAUGCCAUUUCUCCUCCCCCUCCCUCAGUUCUCCGAUUUCAAACACCACAGCUAUCUUUUCUGCGGUUGUUUUUUAGCUCCUCAGCAAGGGUGUCAGAACCUUCCAAAGAGAUCAGCAACAACAAACACUACGAUAUUCAGAGUUGCUGACUGUAAUAAACGUGAAUUCAAUAUCUUCUUAUUUGAAUGACCUUAAAUAACAUGGAUAACAAGAGCAAACAUGAAAUUAUAAAAGAAGCCAAAUAAAGCAUAUCAAUAACAAUUGCAUUGAUAAUAAAUUGUCUAUUCUAGUCAUUUCACGAGUUAAAUGAAACUCUCAUCAAAUUAAUGUUCCGGAAUGCAUGUAAGUCCAAUGGCUCCAAAUGAAAUAUCUGCAAUGAUUACAUUAAACCCUUGCGCAAAUCGCAAAUAAACCUAAAUACUAAUUCAAAAGUCAAACACAAAAUACUGCUGUCAAAAGGAAAAAAAUAAAACAAAUGUUUAUUGAAAGGAUUUUUAUUAUUACUUAGUAAGAACGUGAUACAUCCCCUCCCUCCGUCUUUGCAAAGAAUGGAGAUUUUUGCGUACGACAAUUACUGAGGCAGCUCAAAUUUCGCGGUAAAGAGUGCAUAGUUUUUCCAUGCCCUUCAUGAAAUGUCUUCUUAUUUCUUUAUCUGGGCCGAUCUCCGCAGUGAAACCAGACAGUUCCUGUGCCUUUUUUAACACUUCGUUUAACUUCUUGUAAAUUAAAAGCGCUUUAUCUUCUUCCUUACCACUGCUUUCACUCUCGGCUGGUGAUCAUCCAAUUCAUCAUUCGUUAUUUCUCGAUUAAUUCUUUAACUUGACCUUCUUCUAUUCCUGAUAAUAUUUUGCUAAGAGCUGGUUUUACAAUUUACAUGAUUUCUAUGGCGUCAUUUUCAGUCAAUGGAAGUCCUUUAAAGCUGUUGAUAAUUUCUGGCCAGAGCUGACGUCAGAAAGCAGUCAAUGUUGAUGAGUGAAAGUUUAACCGCAUAUGAAUGAAAUUCUAGCAUUGGGUACAGUGCAGGAUUUGCGUAUAAGCUACACAAGCUAUAGCUUAGGACCCCCCCGAAAAAAAAAACCCUCUAGGUAUCCGAAAAAUAUAUUUGGCACUGACAUAUAAUAUCUGGACUUGGUCUUCUGAAGUCUAAAUCCGGCCCUGAUUGGGGAUUAGACACGUACCAAAAAGGUUACAUGGGCAAGCAGCUACUUUUGAAUACUGUUAUUUUCAUUGUUAUUUUAUGUAAAUCUGAGCAAAGAUAUUACAUGCGAGUGGAGCCAUCAAAUUUGUGUUUCAAGCAAAUGUUAUUGUUUGAUCUCAAUUGCAGCUAUUGUAAUCUGUUGGCUGUUUGUAGAACAUAGGAUAUUUUUUGAAUAAAUUUGUUACAUUUAUAUUAAAAAAA